CAUAACGCGAGCUGCACGCGCACAGGGCUCAGUGGUGACGAGCAGCUCCGGUUGCCGGACACAAAGUGCACAGGUUAAUAUGAGCAAUAAUAUGGGCUUCGCGCACCAGUCCGCGCUACGAGCUUUUGUCCGCGCGCGCAGGAGGUGAUGCGCCCCGCAGGACUCCCCCUGGCUCUGUUCCCGGAGAGGAUGGCGCAGCUGUGGACGCACAACAGCACGUCUUCCUGCAACCGGUCCGCUCAGCACGAGGACCGGUUCAGCACCCUGGACGACAUCGAGCUGUCGGCGGACGGCUCCCCGAGCCUGCGCGUCCUCAUCUCCGUCGUGUACGCAGUGGUUUGCGCCGCCGGGCUGCUCGGGAACCUGCUGGUGCUCGUCCUGAUGAAGGCGCGCGGGGGCACAAGGAAACGCUCCAGCAUCAACCUGUUCGUUCUCAACCUGGCCGUGACGGACUUCCAGUUCGUGCUGACCCUCCCGUUUUGGGCGGUGGACAUGGCUCUGGACUUCAGCUGGCCGUUUGGAAGCGCCAUGUGCAAAAUCGUCCUCUCCGCAACGGUGAUGAACAUGUACGCCAGCGUCUUUUUCCUCACCGCCAUGAGCGUCACGCGCUACUGGUCCGUGGCCUCCGCGCUGAAGGACCGGACGCGGAGGCGCGUGUGCCCCGUGCGCUGGGUGGUCGUCGGGCUGUGGCUCUCGGCCACGGCGGCUUCUCUGCCCACCGCCGUCUUCUCCACGGUGAAGGACGUGGCCGGAGAGAGGCUGUGCCUGCUGAGCUUCCCGGACGGCCCGUCGUGGCUGGCGCUGUACCACCUGCAGAAGAUCCUGGUGGCCUUCGUGCUCCCCAUGCUCAUCGUCACCGUGUGUUACCUGCUGCUGCUGCGCUUUGUGCGCCGGCGCAGCAUGAACCACCAGCAGGUGAAGCGGAGGUCCCGCGUGACCCGCUCGGUCACCAUCGUCGUCCUGUCGUUCUUCAUCUGCUGGAUGCCCAACCAAGCCAUCACCUUCUGGGGCGUGUUGGUGAAGUUCAACGUGGUCAACUGGGAUCAGACGUACUACAUGGCGCACACGUUCGUUUACCCGGUGACUGUGUGCCUGGCGCACACCAACAGCUGCCUCAACCCGGUUCUGUACUGCCUGAUGCGCCGGGAGUUCAGGAAGAAGAUAAAGGACCUGUUCUGGAGGAUGUCCUCGCCCACGGGGGCGAACGCGUGCCACCUGAGGCCGUUUUCCGGGACGGGGAGAGCGGAGCCGGACGACACGCAGAUUGCGCUGCGGAUGAACAACGUGGAGACGGAGAACUGCAGACUGUCCUUCUUAACGGACCAGUGCGACACGGACGCUCCGCGGGAGCAGAGGACGGGGCUCUGCUGAACCCAACAAGGAGGGGACGAGGUGCACUGCACAUAAAUCACACACCAUGACGCGUCGUGCGUAAAACCGUCCUGACUGCGUUCCAGCGUCACGCUUUACAGCGACACUGCGUUCGCUCUCUGCGCACAUAUUUUGCUCCCAGCAGAAGAAUUACAGCCUGCUGCAGCUUCAAGCAUCAUCCUGUGGAGUGUUGGACAUUUGUUGUUAGUUGAACGUGAAAACUUUAGUAACUGAACGUAAAAAAGGCCAAAUGAACCCUAGAACCAUGUUUUGAGAACCAAGAGAAUAAAAUACUUCAGGCGUCGUCAUCA